AUGCCACCACGUGGAAGAGGAGGGAAUUUCAGAGGUCGAGGUGGCCGUGGUAGAGGAAGAGGUGGUCGAGGAGGCAAAGCGACAAGCAGAUUUGGACCUAAUCGACGAUUUGAUGGCGCACGACUUGCAGAGAACGAUGGGUCAGAGAGCUCUGGAUCGGAAUCAGAAUCUGCGCCUGAAGACACAGUGAUGGAGGAUCUCGAAUCAGAGGACGAGGAUGACGACAAAGAGACAGCAUCUGCGAAGCCAUACAUGGCUCUACUACAAAGUUUCAACAACGAAAGAAACGCUCCCAAUUCUAAGCGACGAAAGUUGGAUCACAAAGAAUCCGCACAAUCUCAACCUGGCGAAGACUCCUCUUCUGACGAGGAAGGCGAGGAAGGCCAAGACGACCCAGAAAAGGACAUUGACCGUGUCGAAGAUGAAGCUGAAGACCAAAUUGAGGAACAAGUCGACGACGAUGACGAUUCAGAGGAUGAGGAAAACCCCACAGACCCUUUUGACGUACACUUUGCGCAUCCCAACGAAGACAUUGUCGCAAAGAGAGUCAAGUCAGCACAAGAGGGCAAUUGGGCAACAAAGCGAGCUCUAAUACAAACCCUGAGAGCGACCGUCACGUACCCAGCUUCUGAUGCGGGACCCGAAGUGUCGAAACCUAUUGCUGGGCUCGGUGGCCUGCAGCUCAAGGAGAAGCUCAAGAAGAUUUCCUCUCGUAAGAUUGGCGAGUUCAGCGCUGUUCAGCGCAAUUUGAGCCCGCUGCUCUUCAACUAUAACGAUGUUUUGUUCUGCGACCGGACAGUACGGAACUCGGAUUCGUUGCGGGAAUUGACGUGCCUUCAUGCGCUCAACCACGUUUUCAAAACUCGCGGCCGCGUAAUUAAGAACAACCGCAAGCUUAAAGAAGGACAAGACCCUGAUCUGGAACUUCGAGACCAAGGUUUCACUCGGCCAAAGGUUCUCUUCCUUCUGCCCACACGCAACUCUUGUCUUCGUACGGUCAACAUGAUCCGUGAUUUGUGCGAGCCAGAUCAGCAGCAGGAGAACCGAAAGAGAUUUGACGAUGGGUACGUGGAUAAGGAGGCCAGGUUUGGCGCGGACAGACCAGCCGACUUCAAGGAUCUCUUUGAAGGCAACGAUGAUGACAUGUUUCGCCUUGGCAUGAAGUUUACUCGCAAGACAGUCAAGUACUUUUCGGGAUUCUACAACUCAGAUAUUCUCUUUGCCAGUCCUCUAGGCUUGCGAAUGGCCAUUGGUUCCGAGGAGGACAAGAAGCUUGACUUUGACUUCCUGAGCUCGAUCGAGAUGGUUGUUGUAGACCAAGCUGAUGCCCUUCUCAUGCAAAAUUGGGAACACGUUGAGUUCAUCUUUGAACACCUGAACCUCCAGCCCAAGGACGCUCAUGGCUGUGAUUUCAGUCGCGUGCGAAACUGGUAUCUGGAAGAUUGGGCGAAGUGCUUCAGACAAACAAUCAUUUUGUCUGCCUUUAACACUCCCGAGCUGUCGGAGCUGCUUCGAUUACAUUGCCACAACUGGGCUGGAAAGGUUCGGCUGCAGCCUGAGUAUCCUGGCACGUUAGCACAACUCGGUGUCAAGGCGAAGCAGACCUUUUCACGAUUCCAGUCUAAGUCGGUCGACAAGGACCCUGAUGCUAGGUUUGAGUACUUUACUUCCGCGAUUAUUCCUUCACUCGCCAAGCGCGCGAAAGAUGCCACGGGUACUCUCAUCUUCGUCCCCUCGUAUCUCGACUUUGUUCGCGUGCGCAACUACUUUGCGACAUCAAGCGCCGUGGAGAACGUCACCUUUGGUGCGAUCUCUGAAUACACGGAUGUUCCAGAAGCAUCUCGGGCACGAUCGCAUUUCCUUAACGGCCGUCACCGGGUGCUACUCUAUACAGAGCGAGCACACCACUUCCGACGAUACCAAUUCCGUGGUGUGCAGCGUGUCAUCUUCUAUGGAUUGCCCGACAAUCCCAUCUUUUACACUGAGAUUGCAGGUGGAUAUUUGAGCAAGAGUGAGCAGGAUCUAAGGCUUGAACCUGGUCAGGGAACUGCCAAGGUCGUGUUUUCCAAGUACGAUGUGAUGAAGUUGGAGCGAAUCGUGGGCUCCAAGAGAGUUGGCAAGAUGAUUCAGGACCGCGGUGAUACCUUUGAGUUUAUUUAG